CUUCCUUCCUCUCCCUCUCUCUCCAGGCACGCGUCCUCGUCUUGACUGUCGGCUCAGCUCACCAUGCAUUCCCUCAUUCUCACCCUGUCUCUCUUCCUCCUCUCCGCUCUAGCCAGGGACAUCGUCUUCCCUCCCAUCGCAGCAAUCCCCAAUCCCUCAACCCAGUACCCUCUGGGCCAUGAAAGCACUAUUGACAUCACUACCGGCAGCCAAUUCUCCGGCCUGACCACCUUUGCGAACCUCCCCUACGUUAAUUGCUUCAUUGAAGAUGACUCCCCGUUGAACAGCUACGACAUUGCCUUCAUCGGUGCUCCUUUUGACACAGCCGUCACCGGACGUCCCGGCGCGCGCUUCGGCCCCAAAGGCAUCCGCCUCGGCUCGCGGCGUCUGGGCGGAUGGAGCGUCUACACGGGCGAGAAUGUGCUGGCCAGCUGGGCCAAGGUGAUCGACUGCGGCGAUGCACCGCUCACCUGGCUGGACAACACUGUUGCGUUGAAGCAGCUGGAUCUAGCUCACAAGGUCGUCUCCUCCCGUCGAGCCAACGCCACCGAUCGAGGCCAGUUCCCGCGCAUCAUUACUCUCGGCGGAGACCAUACCACGACUUUGUCGGCGUUGAGGUCGACGUAUGAGAAAUGGGGGCCCGUUUCGGUGAUUCAUUUUGAUAGUCAUAUUGAUACAUGGGAUCCAGAAGUGCUCGGCGGCGGAAUCUCGCACUACGCCGGCGUCAACCACGGCACAUUCCUCCAUCUCGCCCACGAAGAAGGCCUAAUCCACAACACCUCCAUCCACAUUAUCACCGCCCGCGACAUCGACCGCAUCGGCAUCUCCGGCAUCAUAGACCAGAUCAAGGCCCGGGUGGGCGAGAGUAACGUCUAUAUUUCGAUUGAUAUCGAUGUCCUGGAUCCGGCGUUUGCGCCUGCAACCGGCACCGCCGAACCAGGCGGCUUCUCGACGCGCGAGCUGCUGAGCAUCGUGGAUGGAUUGAGAGGAUUACCCGUCGUCGGGGCCGACGUGGUCGAGGUGGCGCCUGUCUACGAUAGCGUGGGGGAGACGACGACGCUGGCGGCGGCGGAAGUGGCGAAUUCGUUGGUUGGGUUGAUGGUUGCGAGGGCGGUGGGGGAUGGUAUCACUGAGUGAGUGAGUAUUGAGUAUGAGGAUCUAGGGCUGAGUAUGAGUAUGAGGACUGAGUAUUGACUAUGAGUAUUAGGACU